AUGACCUUCGUCUACUCCAAAGCCAUACUGUUGUCUUUGAGCGUAACAAUCCGAUUCAUCGAACCACCCCCGAAGGUGGCACCUUUGGUGCUGUCGAGCCACUCCGUACCUGGGCCGAAGCGCGUAACCACUCGUGGAAACGUCAGACGGUCAUCUUGUUGGCGACGGAUGCUUUUGUCGCGAAUUUUACCUUCCGCUCUAGCUAUGUUUACGCUAUUUGCAAUCAGCCGAAAAUCUUUGACUCCACUUCCGGAGCAAACGUUAUCGGCGCCGGCAAAAGUGCGCGAGUAUCACACACCUCCCCAAGACGUGCAUUACGGAGACAAUACUUCGGUCUUUGGGAGAAUUCUCAAUGGCGAACUCCCGGCCUCAACCUUUGCUGAAAGUAAUGAUCUGUUCGCUUUCGAAGAUGCUCAUCCGCAAGCUCCGUUACACGCACUUAUAAUUUCCAAACGCUUUAUCGGCAGCGUCUUUGAUCUUGAGCUCUCUGAUUUGAACUUGGUCAGAUCUAUGCGCGACAUGGCCUACGAGCUUAUCCGGGAGCGAUACCCAGAGGCGCUUUCCAAGAAGGAUUAUAUCCUCUGCUUUCAUAUUCCGCCUUUUAACAGUGUCGAUCACAUUCAUUUACACGUAUUGGCGCCCGCCUCGCGAAUGCAAAUGCUGUUUCGGUUCGUCAAGUACAAUGUGCGCACACGAUGGUGUACCGAUGUGGAUACGGUCAUACGUAGGCUAGAGCAGGGCGAAGCUGCGGUGCCGUACCGCAAUCCUCGCCCGUCGACCAAGUCUACUUAG